AUGUCUACGCCUUCAAAUGAAAUAUCUAAUGUCUCAACAUCAACGACUUUGCGCACUGCCAAACAAAAACUAUUGGCUGAGCGAGCUGCCAAUAAAGAUGCCAAAAAACGCAAGGAUUGCCCGUUGAAAACGGAUGAUGAUCAAAACUGCCCAGAAUGUGCCUUUACAAAGGAUGGACCUGACCAAUGGUUACACUGCCAUUGUGGAAACUCGGUCAAAAUGAUACACGGUAGGAUUCACUAUGCCAAAGCCCAUUGGGAGUCAAUAACUUGUAAGACAGCAACAGCAAAGCUUCGACGGGCUGUAGAUCGACCAAAAAGUCUUAAUAGUUCAAACAACCAGCCACAAGUUUUUGACGUCCGAUGUGCAGGCCUGACUGACAAGACAUGGCUGCGUCCAGGUCAACAACCUAUAUUGACAUGUAUCCAGCAUUCCUGCACGGCUUAUCACGGAUAUCCACCGAGGUUUACUAAGAGCUCUUGUCGCUUUCCACAUGGAUCAUCAGGCGUGAUGGAAGUCAGGGUUCGAUUCAUUCCACCAAAUGUACACAGCGAGUUUCAACCCUCGAUUCUGGGGCUGUUGAGAGCUGGCGACCUAGAGUUCUGGACAACUUUUGGUGUCCACGCCCGGGCUGGACUGUUUAAAGAUGUCCCAAUGCUUCGAGCAGUAGCAGAGGGAGUUGCCAUUCGGGCUGAAAGGGAAGCAAAAGGCUUAACAACUCGUGGAAUGCCAUUCAACGAGUACCUCGACAACAUGCUUACAACUGCAGGAGCAUACUCCAAAGGUGCUUCUGAGCUAUUUCGCGCAAACCUUGCUGGACGCUCAUCUCGUGGCUUUCGCUUACAACGCCAACGGAUUGGUGCUCGGAUGCACGAUAAAUUUCACAUCGAUAAUGUGCUUCCGGUAGUUGCUUGGCUUGAGCGAUACGGAUACAGUGGGCCAGUAUCAGCAGGAACAGACCAGACGGUAUGCGUGAAGGCGCUUCGUUACAACAACAGCUGUUUGGUUGGUGUAGAAGGUGGUGAUGUCGAAGUUUCCAAUCUCGAACACCUAGAGAAGUUGGUGGAGCAUGCAGUUCAAGGAGAUCACCUGUGUAAGAAGGUCCCUCUUCCGAACGUUCCUACAUUUGUGGUGGCUUUGAUUUCUAGUCGUGAGGAUGAGUCUGCUGAGGAUAUCAAGGCUCAGCACCUUCAGUUCAUUGAUCUACUUGAAUCUGUUGGAAUUCGACUCAUCUCGUUGGGGUCUGAUGGUGCAGCAUCUGAAGUGCUCGCACAAGAGUUACUUGUCAACUCGGCGACAGAACAUUUGGAGUUCUCAGCUCCCAAACUCAGUGUCAACAUACGUGUUCCACUUCUAGGGGCCUCGAAACGACCAGUUGUAGUAGUACAAGAUCCUAAACAUGCUAGGAAGACAGCUUCAAAUCAACUACUUUCUGGGGCGCGUUUCUUAGCUUUUGGACGAUUCAACGUCAACCUUGACCAGCUCCUCACUUUGCUCCAAACUGAAGAGUGCCCACUUGGCUAUAAAGAUGUAUUAAAUACAGAUAAGCAAGAUGAUGGGCGAGCUUACCGAACUUUCAGCGAGGACACUUUCAAGGCUGCUUGUGCACAGCCAGAUUGUCUUGGUCUGGUAUUGUAUCUCUACAUAUUUGGCGAGCUUGUUGAUUCUUGGUUGAACCAGAGCAUGCCACACCGAGAAAGGAUUAUUUCAAGUUAUACGGCAGUCUUUUUUGUACGAAAGUGGAAGGCAUAUCUACUCAAACGUCAAAAGGAAUCAGGGAGCUUGAUGAAUUUAUCCUCAAACUGUAUCUCACAUCAAAGCAUCCGAAUAUUUGAAAAGCUUGGUGAGAGUCUCUUGGGACUCAUCAUUUCUCACCGUGACCACUACCCUACGCACCCGCUAAUGCCCUGGAAACAUGGCACUGAGUGUUGUGAGCACAUCUUUGGAUGGAUGCGGGUAAUUUCUCCAACUUUUACUGUAUUAGACGCAAGGCAGAUGAUGCCAAAGAUAUUUGCUGUGAUAAAGAGCAUCAUGAGUGGGCAUAUCACAUUACCCAUGAGUGAGAAUCUGCACGCAGCUACAUCCUCAGUCAGUAUCCCAGCAACAGCGAAAUCAAUGAACUACUUGAGCUCGCGGAAUCUCGGGCAGAAGAACUAG